GGGAACAAACGGUCAAUCGCAUCAUUUUAAUUAUUCGGUUACAAGUGAAGAAAUAAUGGAUCAACGAUUUGCCUUUUUAUUUCUCUUGUGUUCCAUCAUCGGCCAUGUCGUCUCGUUCCGUGCUGGAGCUUGUGGGGGCGAAAUGUUUGUAGAAAAAUCAGCGGUCGUUGAUGCACCAACUGACGUCGAUUGCGUCUGGAAAAUUGAAACCGAACCCGAUCGCAUUUUGGCCCUGAGCGCAGUCAACAUCGGAAGCUUCGAACAAGUCCAAGAUUAUAUCACUAUUCACGAUGGACUUGGCUCAGCAUCUCCAAUCAUUUAUGCCAAGGAAGAAGAGACGGUCGUUUACACAACUCAAUCAUCAGUUGAGAUUCGGUUCAAGAAAAUGCCAACGACUCAAAUUCAAUUGAAAAUCCAAAAGGCCGUCAUUUGUCCUGCCGAUUUGGGAUUGGAAACUAACUGCACUCGACUCGUUGAUGAUGUUUCGUGCCAUUGCGCUUCCUACACCAAGAGGAAUCAAACUGAUCAAAAAGCUUUUUGCGAAGACAACGGUAUGUUGUUAGUGUCUAUCGAGACUCCCGAAGAAGACAAGGCCAUUUCCGAUACGUGGGGCUUAGGAAGCGAUUUUUGGACGAGUUGUAUCAAGACAUUUGGACGAUGGGUUUGGGAAGCCACCAAUACGAAUCUCUAUCCGGGUUAUGUCAAUUGGUAUCCUAUUGCAGAGCCAUUUUGCAACGAUCAAUACGACAAAAAUUACACGUGCAUGUUAAUCGGUUACAACGGUCUGCAUUGGGCCAGUUACCAUUGCGAUGGUGUUUGGGGUGCCGUCUGUGAACUUAAUCCUUAAUUGUUUUUAUCGCGUUGAUUUACGUAAC